GGAUGAUAUCUUAAUCCCAGCCAAAAUCACUCACAGCAGGAGCAGUUUGCCUUUCUUAUCGGGGCCUCCGGCCAAACACCGGAGCCAGGAUAUAAGGAGCGGGGCCGGGAUCGGAGGCACAUUUUCCGUGAGCUCCCACCAUGAAGCUGCUCCUGCUCCUCGCCCUGGUGGGCCUGGCCCAGGGCCUCGAGACCAGGGUGCCCCUGAGGAAGAUGAAGUCGCUGCGGCAGAGGCUGCGGGAGCAGGGAUUGCUGGAGAGUUACCUGGAGCAGCAUCCCUACAACCUGGCUGCCAAGUAUUUCCCGGGCAUCGCCGUGGAGCCCCUGGAGAACUACAUGGAUGAUGAGUACUUUGGCACCAUCUCCAUUGGGACCCCACCUCAGGAAUUCACUGUGGUCUUCGACACCGGCUCCUCCAACCUCUGGGUUCCCUCAGUCUUCUGCUCCAGCCCAGCCUGCAGGAACCACAACCGCUUCAAUCCCGCGGAAUCCUCCACGUUCCUCAGCACCAAUGACACCCUGUUCAUUGCCUACGGCACGGGAAGCAUGACCGGGGUCCUGGGAUACGACACCGUCGACGUUGCCGGCAUCAACGUCCGCAACCAGAUUUUUGGGCUGGCUGAGACAGAGCCAGGGGAUUUUUUCUACUACACCCCCUUUGAUGGCAUCCUGGGAUUGGCAUUCCCAAGCAUUGCCUCCUCCGGAGCCACCCCUGUCUUCGACAACAUGAUGACGGAAAACCUCGUGGAUAGGAAUCUUUUCUCUGUCUACCUGAGCAGGGACGACGAAGGUGGGAGCUUUGUCCUCUUCGGUGCCAUCGAUCCCUACUACACCACCAGAGGCAUCUCCUGGAUCCCUCUCUCUGCUGAAACCUACUGGCAGAUCUCCAUGCAGAGUGUCUCUGUCAGCGGGACUCCGGUAGCCUGUUCCUCGGGGUGCCAGGCCAUUGUGGAUACAGGAACCACUCUGUUGGCUGUUCCUAUCCGGGCCUUCCGCACCCUCAUGAGGCUCCUUGGUGCCAGCUCCAGUGGUGAGAUCAGCUGUGAGGCCGUCAGAAACCUUCCCAGCCUCAUCUUCCAUAUCAAUGGCAAACAAUUCCCAGUGCCGCCCAGAGCCUACGUGUUAAGGAGUAACGGGUACUGCAGCCUGGCAUUGCAAGGCAUGGAUGUGCCCACGGAGGAGGGCGAGCUCUGGAUCCUGGGGGAUGUCUUUAUCCGGGAGUAUUACGUCAUCUUCGACAGGGCCAACAACAAGGUGGGGCUGUCCCGGCUGCCCUGAGCUGGGAUGGGAAUCCCAGGUGUCCCCGACUCGGUGGCUGGCAGGGCUUGUCCCUUUCCCAGCCCUCCUGCCACCACCGAGGACAAUAAAGGUGUGGAGAAGCGCCCCUGUGCCGUGUCUCUCUGAGGAAUGCCAACA